AUGAACCCUUGUGUGAUUGAUUGCUUUAUUGAACACUACUUACCUAGGACCCGCUACUAUAAUUACGAAAUUCUUCUGAGGUUAUUAGUAAGUGUACUUCCAUUUUUUAUUUAUUAUUUUAGAUGUCAACACCUAACAUGAAGCGUGGAGUGAAUAGAGCUUGUGCCGGAUGCGAGAUUCGAAUGAACAAUAGGACUGUCAGAUUCUACCACCCCAACCGAAUCUUUACAAUGAAGCUUGGUCAUGCUUUACAUUUCCUUUCCAACUCUUAUUUUGCUGUAAAAAGUAUUGGAAUUCCCAGCAGUUGCGAUUUGACAGAGGUGAUCCAAGUGAACACUGAGCAAGGAGUCACGACGAUACCGGGUAGGCAUUGCAAAUGUAAAUUGUAAAUAGUGAGCUCUUUUUUUAGUCAUCACUCGUCUAUUGGAAGUGAUCAAUGACUUGGAAACGUUAUUCACAGAGAAACUGAGGGUUAUAACCAAACUGACAAAGCAGAUAAGGAUUAAAAACUUGAUACUGGUCAAUAAUAAUUAAGUUGAGAUAUUUGUAUGAUUGAUUUUUUGAUGUUUAGGUCAUUUCUGCACUCAACGACCAGCUCGGAAUCCCCAGAAAGUACUGAUUUCCUGAUUGUGGAGAAGAUGACUGUUUGGUGGAACAGGCCUCAACUGUAUUCGAGCCUCAAUGGCCUGCCGACGUAAGUGCUGGACGGUUUGGUGUAAUAUAACCCAUGCUUUUCGUUUAUUCGACGUUAAAAUGUAUUGUACUUUGGUGUAAGAUUGUUGGGAGGUAAAGGAUUAGCUAUUGGGAGAGUAAUCACGGUGAUUUUCCUCCAAAAAUCACUGUCGACGUAAUGUUUGUUUGAUCAUGGCGUAAUUUGCUGAUGUUUUAGCGGAACUUUGAUGAAUAAAAGUUUGAAAGAACUCGAGAUUAACCUCAAACUGGUACUGUACGAUGUUGUGCCAGAAGGCGCUGUAUCGAGGCUAAAGGAUAAUUACGCAGGACUCCAGAAAUUGACUCUUCGAAUUCAAUCUGCGGUAAGGAUAAUAUAAUUUUUUCAAAUCUUUAUCCUUUAGAUUGAGUUUUUUGUGAAGUAUAACGUCUAAUAUUGCAGAUAGAUAACUCGACAGAAGUCUGGGAACGUCCAGGACCGAUCCAACUCCUCUUCAAUGAGAUCCAUUACCUGAUCAGACACGACGUUCAAGUCGAUCUCAUUCUUCAUGUCCCGAUCGAAGAAAUUUAUGAGGAAAACAACCCAUGCGAAGAAGUGCUGGUGCACUAUGUCAAACUUCUGAUCCCUCAUUUCUCUGCCAACGCUCAAUUCGCUGCCCAUGGAACCCGAAGUGACCAAUCUUCGGUCUAUUUUAAUGUGGAAAGCACCAAUUUGAAGGCCCAUAUCUGCGUGGGAGAGGAGAGUUGUCCCUUGUUGAAAAUAGUGGAUACCGUAUGUAUGUUUUAA